AUGAUGAUACUUCGACCGGCUCUCCUGCUAUUAUCGGCGAUAUCAGCUGUAUAUGCAGUCAAAUUCGAUUUAGUAGCUGAUCGAUAUCCCAAACCUCCUGACUGCUUACUGUGCAGUAUAUGGAACUUUGCAUCUUCACAUUCAUUGGUAAUAGUUACAGCGAAUGUACCUUAUGAACCAGGUCAAAGGGUUGACAUUGAAAUUUUAGAUGGAUCAGAAAGGGGAAAUGUGUACCUAUCGAAAAAGGAUAUUAAAGGAGAAACUAGAUUGGCUGUGACUACACAUGAAUCUGCUGAUGUCGGUGUAUGUAUAAGGAACUACCUUGAGAGUGACUCCAAUCAAAAAGUAUCAAGAAGUGUGGAUUUGGACGUUGAUAUUGGUGCAGAUGCGGUUGAUUACAACGCCAUAGCAAAUCAAGAAUCACUUUCGAUCUUAGAAGUUGAAAUGCGUAAAUUAGAAGCUGUAGUAAAAGAGAUAGUCGAUGAGAUGGGUUAUUUGCAAAGAAGAGAAAUGAGAAUGAGGGAUACAAAUGAAAGCACAAAUGCUCGAGUAAAGAAUUUCUCUAUACUCAUAACACUGGGUAUAAUAGGAUUAGGCAUCUGGCAGCUCGUUCAUCUACGGUCCUUCUUCAAACGGAAAUAUCUCAUUGACUAG